AAUUCUUCUUCCAAAAAGGUCUCAUAUACAUACAUGCGUCUGUGAUGAGAUGAUGAAUGGAAAAUUGAAAGAGAAGCAAGCCAUGCAAAUUCCAAAAGAAGGGUCACUAAAAUUAAGAUCCGCGACUGAAGAGGUGAAGUUGGCUGCCAUAGCCAUAAGCUUCAACGUCCGGUUGAGAUCAUCCGACAUGCCCACCCACAUGAAAGAACACGCCUUGAGAUGCACCAGAUCGCUCCUCGACUCUGUCGUGUCCACAAAAACGGCAACGAAAACUCGUCCGAACCCCACCCACCUUGCUAGAGCUCUCAAAAAGGAGUUUGACUCGUCGUACGGACCAGCGUGGCAUUGCGUGGUGGGAGCGAGUUUCGGGUCGUUCGUUACACACUCACCAGGUGGGUUCGUCUACUUCUCCAUUGACUCACUGUCGGUUCUACUUUUCAAAACAGAGGUCCAGUUGGUCGCGGAACCACAGCUACGGAAUUAAUAUUAAGAUUUGGAUUCAGACGUCUCACCAUAAUUGAUAUAAUCUUGUUUGUAAUUAAUUAUUUUUUUUUUUUGCCAAUUUCAAUAUGCCAUUACAGAAAACGACACCUUUGGUUACAGUUACAAUCUCUGUCGUUUUGGGCUUUUACCUGUAAUUUUGACUUGUGUUAAGAGUUGUUACUUGGUUUCA